CUUAAUAAAAAUACAUGUAACUAAUACAAUUAUCUUACAUUUGACUCUUGAGUGGUUAUGCAAAGUAUUGAGUAUUUGUACAUAAUAUAUAUUAGCUAUAUAGCUAAUUACUUAACUGGUUAAUUUAGUUUAAUCGGUUAGGAGUGUCUAAACUAAACAAGUUAAAAAAUUUAACCAAAUCAAACCAAACCAAUUAUUCAAACCUAAUUAUCCAAAUACUAACGAUUAAGACGAUUACCAACCAAUCGGUUUGAACACCCCACAUUCAGUCAUCCCCUGGUCCACAAGCGACGGACAGCGAACUAUUAGUGCAAUUGGGCGCGCAUCGCGGUCCCCUGUGUCUCUGUGAUCCGGCUUCGAUAUCUUCAUCUCCCUUGUUCUUUUCUGCCUAAUCUGAAUUAAUUUUUCCAAGUGACAUUAUUCACUAAAAAACAAUUAAUCGAAAAAAGGGAAAGAAAAUAGAAACGAAUAUCUCGCCCUUACUCUUCUUCCAGAAACAGCUCUCCUGGCUCUCACUGUAUAAGUCUUUUUGUCCACUCUCUCCAUUCACUCGCCUGCUUCAACUGUGAGGUUCCUGCCGCCUGAGCGAUUCAUCGCCGCCGUUUCUCCUCAGGUUAGUCUUUCUCCCUCCCUCUCUGCAAAUGCCUGAAUAUUCUUCAUUUCGAGCGUCUCUAUUCCUUCCUCUUCCUUUUUUUUUUUUGCGACGGUUCUUGCUUGCUAUACUACGUCGCUGUUUGGCGGCUGAGAAAGUUACGGGAAAUCGGCACUCCGAUUGAGAGAUUCUUUGUGGCGUUUCGCUUUACUUUCAACGCUCGGUUCUCUACCGGUUUGUUGAUUUGAUGCUGUUUCUCUCUUUUUCGAAGAGUGUGACUGUUAAUUGCCGAGAAAAGUUUGUUUGGAUGCUGAGAAAGAGACUGGAACUUGAAAAAUCUCCGUGAAGCCGUUUUUCUUUUCUGCAUUUUGCUUCUCUCUCGUUUUUGGCUAGCUCACGACUUUCAGUCUUCGGUACUGACUGUUACGAUCUUCCCGUCCAUGGCGUAAUUGUUUUUUUCCCCCCGGAAACCAAACAAUCGAGCGAUUGACUGGCUUUUCUGCGAGUUAGAUUCGUGAUCUUCUCUUUUAAGUUCCUUUGGUUAGGUAACGAAGCUGUAGAUCUGCAUUGUGCUUUUCUCCGCUAGGUCCAUCGGAUGGUUGCUUGGUUUGCAUGAAGGACUGAUAGUGAUCCGUUAGUGUUAAUUAGCUUCAAAUUUCACAGUUUGUACAUAUUUACCUGUCCUUAUCUGCACCAGAUCUGAUGGCUACCACUUACCAGUACUAUACCAGCUCCAUUAUAGCUUAACUUAUCUUCUUGUCGUUUACCUGACUGCAUUAUUGCAACCAGUGGUACCUGUUUUUGACUUCUCGUUUUGAUGCUGCAUUGAUUCAUCUGGUUUUUUCCUUUUGAUGUUCUCUAUCAUGCAAGUGAGAUCGACAUUCAAGAUUGUUGAGUGUGAUGAAUGAUAGAUGUGUAAGGGUGCAAAGCAAUGUUCUCAGCGGCCAGGACGGGGACCAUUUCACCCUGUUUAUUGGGACUUAUUUUGGAUAGUUAAUGGCAAUGCAGCAUGUGGAUGUUUGGAGUGUUAAGGCUUAGAAGUUAGACGUCAGUAGCUUCUUUUUCCCUUUUCUUGCCUAUACUGUUGUGGCCUAAACUCGUAAUUUGGUGUAUGUAUUGCCACCCGAAUUCUCUGUUUCUGGUUUGUUACUAUCUUUACAGCAGAACAUGAUCAAAUUAAUGCUAUUGUUUCAGCUAGUGGUGUGGUGGGUUGUGCUUCUGUAGAUGGAUUCAAUUUAGUUUAUUAUUUUACUUGGUCUUGUCUAUAUGCUGAGAGCAGCAUCCUUAUUUGGAUUAAUAUACUUAUGUCAGAGCAGCAUCCUUAUUUGGAUUAAUAUACUUAUGUGUGACAUCAGACGAGGAGUUAGCUUUUUUAUUUUGUGGUGGUUUUGUUGAUCAUCACGAAGUUUGUGAGAAUGGUUAUCAUGCUGUCUCUGUCUUCUCUUUAUCUUUCUAAGAUGCUUAUAGUUGUCCGUAAGCACUUAUGAUGACCAUUCCUUCAUUGUGUUCUUUAAUUCAUUGUAGUCCUCUUUUCUUUUUGGGGCAGGUGCGAAGGAUAUAUCUGGAGAAGAAGCAGAAUGUCUGAUCUAGAAGUUCCUUUGACUGAGCGCCCCAAGAGGAAGAAGAUUUGGGUGGAUUACUUUGUUAACUUCAGAUGGAUUAUAGUCAUCUUUGUUGUCCUCCCAAUCUCUUUCACCCUCUACUUCCUCACUUAUCUUGGCGAUGUCAAGUCUGAGAUGAAGUCCUACAAGAAGCGUCAAAAGGAACAUGAUGAAAAUGUCAAGAAAGUCGUUAAGCGACUUAAGGAAAGAAACCCAUCAAAGGAUGGUCUCGUCUGUACUGCUCGUAAACCCUGGAUUGCAGUUGGCAUGCGGAAUGUUGACUACAAAAGAGCGAGACACUUUGAAGUCGACCUAUCUGCAUUCCGAAACAUCCUUGAAAUUGACAAGGAGAGAAUGAUUGCUAAGGUUGAGCCACUUGUCAACAUGGGACAGAUAAGCAGGGCCACAGUGCCAAUGAAUCUUUCCCUUGCAGUGGUUGCUGAGCUGGACGAUCUCACUGUGGGUGGACUCAUCAAUGGUUAUGGGAUAGAAGGAAGCUCUCACAUCUAUGGCCUGUUCUCCGACACUGUCGUGGCUUAUGAGAUUGUUCUAGCUGAUGGUCAGGUCGUCAGAGCCACUAAGGACAAUGAGUACUCCGAUUUGUUCUAUGCCAUCCCUUGGUCUCAGGGAACUCUUGGGCUUCUUGUAUCCGCUGAGAUCAAGCUUAUCCAUAUCAAAGAGUACAUGAAGCUCACCUACCAUCCUGUCAAGGGUAGCCUCAAAGAUCUGGCACAGGGUUAUAUCGACUCCUUUGCACCCAAAGAUGGAGAUCAGGAUAAUCCUGACAAGGUCCCAGAUUUUGUGGAGACUAUGAUUUAUAACCCUCAUGAAGGUGUGAUGAUGACUGGCAGAUAUGCAUCCAAAGAAGAGGCGAAACAAAAGGGAAACAAGAUCAACAGCAUCGGUUGGUGGUUCAAGCCGUGGUUCUACCAACAUGCGCAGACAGCAUUGAAGAAAGGGGAGUUUGUGGAGUACAUUCCUACUAGGGAAUACUAUCACAGGCAUACCAGGUGUUUGUAUUGGGAAGGCAAGCUCAUUCUCCCAUUUGCUGACCAGUUUUGGUUUAGGUAUCUCUUGGGCUGGCUGAUGCCUCCUAAGGUCUCUCUGCUCAAGGCCACACAAGGUGAAGCAAUCAGAAACUACUACCAUGAGAUGCACGUUAUCCAGGAUAUGCUUGUUCCUCUCUACAAGGUCGGUGAUGCAUUGGAAUGGGUCCACCGUGAGAUGGAGGUAUACCCUAUUUGGCUCUGCCCUCACAAGCUAUUCAGGCUCCCUAUUAAGACCAUGAUCUACCCCGAGCCAGGAUUCGAGACCCAUCGCAGACAAGGGGACACCUCGUAUGCUCAGAUGUACACGGAUGUCGGAGUGUACUACGCACCGGGACCUGUCCUGAGAGGCGAGGUGUUCGAUGGAGCUGAGGCUGUUCGCCGGAUGGAGCAGUGGUUGAUAGAGAACCACGGUUUCCAGCCACAGUAUGCCGUCUCGGAGCUGAAUGAGAGGAGCUUCUGGAGAAUGUUUGAUGGUGGGCUGUACGAGGAGGCCAGGAAGAAGUACAAAGCUGUGGGCACAUUCAUGAGCGUGUACUACAAGUGUAAGAAAGGGAGGAAGACCGAGAAGGAGGUUCAGGAAGCUGAACAAGCCCAGGUGGAGACUCCUUAUGCCGAGCUCGACCCGUAGAGGCCUGGGACGGGACACAUUGUUCCUGAAAACUGAAAAGCUUUGGAUUUCGGCUUGAUCAUUGAAGUUUAUGUUUCGUGUAGCUUUUAAUUGAUCUGAAAGGCUGUGUGUGUGCCUUGAGUUCUUCUGCAGACUCUAGUUGUUCCCCAACCCCUAAUCCUUCUUAGUUGCUGACUCUCAGGCUUACUGUACUGUGUUUUCUCGAAAUUUGUGUACUGUUUUAGUUUUCUAGUUUGUGGUGAAGCUUGAACUUUGAUGGAAAGUCGUCUGAUUUUGUGAAUCCACCCCCUUGUCUUGUUUCAGUUGACCUAUCCUGCGUUUCUGUAAGAACAGAUUUUUGUUUUGUUUUUUGUUUUGCCCUUAGAUCUUCUCUGAAAAAAAGAGAGAGGAACAAAGAUCUACAGAGUUACAAGGACCUGUCUGCAAGGCAAACAAAAACAAGGCAAAAUAUACUUGCAUAGCCAAAACUUUGACGAUUGUGACAAUAAUAGCCAUUUUUGGCGAAAUACCAGAUAUAGCCAGAAUUUUGAAUGUUUGAUGACAAAUAUAGCCAUUUCCGUUACAUUCUUUAACGGUGUUAGUGGCACCGUUAGUGGAAUAAACGGAAUGCUGACUU